AUAACACUUCGGGUUCGGAUAUUUUAUGUACCACCCUACAAGACCCGUCCGGGUAUUUUUACGUUUCGGAUCGGAUAACGGGUCGGGUUUUUUUGUUCGGAUUCGAUUCGGAUUUCGGGUUCCGGAUUUUAUGCCCAUGCCUAGUUACACCCGUGAGGGCAGUACUGUAAUGAGAUUCUUCACACCUUGCCAAUCUUUUGCAUACAAAAACCACAAUGUCCUCAUAAAGGAUUCAAUCAUCACAUUCAAGAGAGACCCCUUUGCUUCAUGCAUUUAGACAUCGUUGUUUCCAAAAUUCACUUUGAUAAAGUCCCAAGUUUGUUUGUGCUUUUUCAAAUUAUUAUUUAAUAGUAUAUACUUGCAAAAACUAAACUAAUUAUGUCAAAAUCCGUGUAGAUAUCAUUUCAGUAUGAAUUAGUUCAAAUCCUAUCUGGUUUCACUGACGUAAAUUUACUACUUUUACCUUUUACCUUUUUUUCAAAAAAAAAAAAUCAGUAAUAAUGAGAAUUGGAUAAGGUUUUUGGCUGUUAUAACGACCACUGAACUAUCGGGUACAUCGGACAGCAUCGGACUUAACGGAGACAGUAACUCCGAAACGUACGGCUAAGGUCCGAGAGCUAGCCAAUCUGCAGAGACCACGAAAUCAUUAACGUGUCAAAAACGUCAAAGUCGCCGUUAGCGUCUUUUCCCUCGGGGUACUAUUUUUAGAACAUUUGCGCGUAUUACACAGAGAGAGACUCAAAUACUGUGACUCAUCCUAUGCGUAUAUAAUAAAUUCUUUAUAAGCCAACUUUCUUUCUCUCCGCCGGAGAUUAGUUCUUAACUCGAGCUCUUAACUUGCGCGCAUCGCCGGUUGAUGACAGCUAAGUCCGGUUGGUGGAAUAACAGGAGGAGACGAGGUCGAAGAGGAGAAGGCUAGAAGAACUGAGAAAUGGAGUUUCUGGCAGGUUCGACGUUUGAAGCUGGUACGGCGGUGCAGGAUGAAGCUGCACCGGCGGCUCUGUUCUUGACGGAGGAAUCUAGCCGCGGUGGAAGCGGGAUCGGAUUAAGGAGAUGUGUUAAGUCUCUGUCGGAGGAGAUAUCAGAGAGUUCUUCAUCAUCUGUAGUCGUGUCGGGAGAAAGCAGCGCAAACGAGGAAGAGGACGGUGCCGUUUCGUCACGAGGAACAUGGUUUGGUUCCUCUCUGGAAGAUUCUCUUCCGAUCAAGAGAGGAUUAUCAAAUCAUUACAUAGGGAAAUCGAAAUCAUUUGGGAAUCUAUUUGAAGCGAGCAACUCCAAGGAUCUAGAGAAAGUGGAGAGUCCGUUGAACAAGAGAAGGAGAUUGCUUAUUGCUAACAAGCUAAGGAGAUCACCACUGUCUUCUUUUAGCAUCUACUCCAAGACUAAUAAUAACCUUAAUUCCAUGCCUUUACUUGCAUUGCAAGAGUCUAAUGAGGAGGAUCACAAAUUCAGUUAUGAUAAUGAUCAUAGUAGUGAUGAUGAAACUAGUAAGUUGCAAGAGAAGAGGAUGAAGAUGACAACGAAUAAUAGAGAUUUUAUGGUUCAAACUCAUAGCUGCUUAUGUUUAACUAGUUUUCGAGAUGCUGAUCGAUAAUUCAUUAUUUUCUCCACUUGUGUUUCGUUUUUUUGUUUGUUUCUGUUGUCAGAGUAGAGUAAGUUUCGUUGGCAAUAAUUGAUCGAAGAUUUGAUAGAA